UUUAUGAUCAUUAGAAUCUCCAUGGCUGUAAUAAGACGGACCAACUGUAAUGCACUACAGGAGGAAACAUCAAUAGCCAAAAGCCAUCGCACCAAUAGAAAACAACCACAGAAGAAAAUGUUCCACUUGACUGGCCAAUCACAACGUAUAUUUCCUUUAAUGGAAAAUUCUGCACAGGUUGUUAUAUCUGAGGGUAAAAGUCAUUUCGCUGUCUUUCAACUCUCUGUCAUCAUCAGACAUGGACAGGCUGCACAUUUUUCUGGUCAUUCUCUCAGGAGUUGUUUCUUGCAGUCAGGAUCAGACCUCUCAAUCAGUGUUGGAGGUGACCGUCAGACCAGGAGACAACAUCACACUCUACUGUGACUGCAAAAUAUCAACUGGAGUAUACAUCGUGUGGUACAGGAACUGCUCUCAUGAGAAGCAACCCACUCUUGUUCUCAGUGUAAAUUAUAAUGCACAGACAGGCACCACUAAGACUGUUUUUCCUCAUUUUACAUUUUUGAGGAACUUUUCUUCUCUUUCCUAUGACCUACUGAUCAUGAACAUCACUGACUCGGAUGAGGGUCUUUACUACUGUGGAACUAAACAGCCAAAGGUGGAGGAGGACAAAUACAUCUCUCAGAGACACAUUUACAGUUAUGGCAAUAUAACAACAAGGAUCCUAUUGAACUCCAGUAAACCUCAUCAUCACCAACUUCAUCAAGAUUGUAGUGGUUCAUGCUGGAUGCUGCUGUUCUCUCUGUGUCCAGUUUUUGCUGUUCUCUCCUCUCUCCUGACCUCUCUUGUGGUCUAUCAACUCUGUCAGAAGAAAGCUGAACAACCUCAAGUUGAUAGGGAGAGACUUGACACUAGAGAUCAAAGAAGACUGAAACAGGAUGAAGAUGUGUGCUACGCUGCGCUGGAAAUCCGUCAGCCAUCACAGAGACCGAAGAAGAAGAAAAGCAAAAGUUCUGACUUAAGCACCUAUUCUGCCAUCAAUAUCUCUAGGGUGUAGAGGGCCUGUAAAUGUAAUAAAAGAAAUGUAUGAUGGUGAUGAUUAAUGCUGCGUAAUAUAAUUCAUUUGUAGAGAUAUGUUUACCAUUCUGUCACUCAGCUUCCUCUUUAAAUCUAAGCAACAACCAUCAUCAUCAGUGACUGAAAUACAGGGUUGGUUGGUUUGUUCAGUGCUUGUCUGAUGCAAUUCAAACUGCAACCAGUUCACAGGAAACCUACUGUGAGAAACAGCCCCUUGCAUUUGUUAUAUUGUUAAAACAUAUUUAACAACAGUCAAGCCAAAUGCUGGUUAGAAUUUAGCAGUUCUGUAACUACCUCAGUUAUAUUUAGAUGUUUGAGGUUUAUUUCUCAAUCUAUGUGAUAUCAGCGACCACAUCCUACCUUUGUGAGAUUAUAGAGGUCUGCUCUGGUUGCACUUGGUAUGAAUGUGAUUUGUUUGUAGACGAAUGUAGAGUGUGGUUUCAUACACAGAUACCAUUAGUAGUGAAGUUAUUUCAAGAUAUAUUGUUUCUCUGCACCCUUACAUCUUAAUAAACAUCCUACAACAUUUUU